CUGUGAUUCUGUGACUUCAGGUCUGAUUCCCGCUCUGUGGGGAGAGCUCCUUAGGUACAAGGAAAAAGUCUUUUACAGUGAGGGUGGUGAGGCUCUGAAAAAGGUCACCUAGUGUGCUGUGGUUGAUGCCCUGUCCCUGGAGGCUUUCAAGGCAAGUCUGGAUAAGACCCUGGGCAACCUGAUCCAGCUGUGGUGUCCCUGUUCAUUGCAGGGGAGUUGGACUUGAGGGCCUCCAGAGGUUUCUUCUAACUCUAAGGAUUUUAUGGUUCUAUGAGAAGUGAUGUGUCUUAAGAGAUGGCAGGUGGUCAUUCAUUUUUUCCAGUGUUGCUUCUUAAAUGAGUCAUCUGACUCUUAAAACACUGGAGUGCUACAGGAUAAAAAUAAACUAGAAAGUAUUUCUCUUAUUUGGUGACAGGGGGGUGUGAUGGUUGUUGUCAGAACAAUCUUUGCUUCAGCAGCAGUGCUGUGUUACUGCUUGGGAAGACGGAGGAGUUGCAACGACGUGAAGAAACACGGAGAUAUGUGAAAAUAGUACUGAAAAUGCAACUUAUAAGAAGAGACAUUCAGUUAAAGCACAUGAGGACGAGCCUAGAAACCCCUUCUGGCAGGAAAUGACCUAGACAUGUACCAACACCAGUUCCUGGAACUUCGUGAAAGACUAUUGUAUGCUGAAAAAGAAAAUAAGAAAAGAUCACGUGAGCUGAGCAGUGCCCUCAAUGAAAUAAAACAUAUAGUUGCAAAAAGAACUAACUCGACGACCAAUCAUACAGAUGGUAUGCAAGUAUUAAAUGACACCAGAAAACUCCCCGUGCAUCUUACAAACCUGUACUACUACCUACCUCACCUCCGAGAAUAUGAAGAUGCCAUUUUUCCAAAUGUUGUUAUUGGACAACAGAGAACUGGAGUCUCACUGGUGAUGGGUGUUCCUACUGUGAAAAGGGAAAAACAAAGUUACCUGAUGAGCACGCUUCGUUCCCUACUGCAUGGACUUUCUGAAAAGCAGAAGAAUGACUGUGUAAUCAUCAUCUUUGUAGCAGAGGUGAAUGCAGAAUAUGUUAACGGUGUUGCAGAAAGUAUUAAAACCAGCUUCCCCAGAGAGGUGCAGUCUGGAGUCCUAGAGAUUAUUUCUCCUCCUGCUUCUUAUUAUCCAGAUCUUUCCAACGUGAAGAAAACAUUUGGGGAUUCGGAGGACAGAGUAAGGUGGAGAACGAAACAGAAUUUGGAUUAUAGCUUUUUAAUGCUGUAUGCUCAACCUAAGGGAACAUUUUAUUUACAGCUGGAGGAUGAUAUUGUAGCCAAACCUGAUUACAUUCAAAGCAUAGAAAACUUUGCUGCUGAACAGUCCCAAGAGUGGGUGGUUCUUGAGUUCUCCCAGCUUGGAUUUAUUGGAAAAUUGUUUAAAUCAGAAGACUUGCCGUUUAUAGUAGAAUUUUUUCUGAUGUUCUAUAAAGAUAAGCCCAUAGACUGGCUUCUGGACCACCUGCUCUGGGUCAAAGUGUGCAAUCCAGAAAAGGAUGCAGCACACUGUGAAAAGGAAAAGGCAAAGUUACGUAUCCGUGCUAAGCCAUCUCUCUUCCAGCAUAUGGGGCUUCAUUCAUCACUGUCUGGGAAGAUACAAAAUUUGAAAGAUAAAGACUUUGGCAGAAGUGUGCUACAUAAAGCACAUAAUAAUCCACCUGCAAAACUGGCUACAAGUCUAAGAAUAUACCAGCAAUAUACCUUGGAAGAUGUUUAUGAAGGAAAAGGCUAUUUUUGGGCUUCAUCUCCAAUGGCUGGGGACUAUAUCAGCUUCACCUUUUUGAAGCCACUAAAAGUAGAAAAAUACCUUUUUAGAAGUGGAAAUAUGGAUUACCCUGGUGAUAUACUAUAUGACACUACUGUGGAAGUGUUGCCAGCUGAUGAAGCUGUAAGGAAAGUACUGGUUGGCAACAGAAGUAAAUUUAACUACACUGCAACCAAAGAUGGAUAUUUAAAGAUAGGGGCUUUUGAAAAUGGAAUUGCAGAAGGCAAUAUCGAUCCAUCAGUAGGAGAAAUACUGGCUAUUCGUUUAGUAGUCCAUUCUGAUUCCCCUGUAUGGGCAAUACUGAGUGAGGUACUUAUCAAGAUGUCUGAAAACUGAGAACUGGAAAAAGUAUACUGUUGACACGUUACUUGUCACAGGCUUGUUUUGAAGACUAAUCUAGCAGCAAAAAAAAACCUGAGAGGAUACAUAAAAAUCCAGACCCAAUACUGUGUAUUGGAAGCGUGGAGAUCAUUGUUAAAAACUUGUAAAAAUUAUUAAAUCCUUAUGUUAGAAAUAUUAAAAGCUAUGCAAAACCUCAUUAUGUUAGAAACUUCCAUAAAGUGCUGUUAAGCUGUUCUGUACAAAAACUGUCUCAGUUGGACAGCAUUACAUAUCACCGUAAGCAGUUGACAUUGCAGGCAUUACAGGCAACCUCAGGGACAAAACAGGACAGUGUAUUUCUAGUUCACUAGAACUAAAUUUAUGAACAUUUGGGGGGAAUAUUAAGGACGUGGUUUGCAAGUGCAUUAAGAAUACUGGUCAGUUUUGAAGGGAAACUAGAACUGAAGGAAAAACUGUCAGUAUUUCGUGCAAGUACAACACUUCACCAGAGAAAGGAUUAACUUACCUAUAUGAAAGUGGGUCUCAAAUUUACCACGUUUUAGCCUUAAUGUAGCAAAAAGUAUGUUUAAUUUUAUGAUUUUUAAAUGGAAAUAGCUUAUUAGCUACCAUUUGAAUAACUUGAAAAUCAAAGAGGUAUUGUACAGAAGCUUGUACAACUUUUCUGUGAAUUGUGCAUUGAAUUAACUACAGGAAAUAAUUGGUGUAACACGUGUAACUAUAUUUUUGUAGGAAGAAUAUCUAUUUAAAUAAAAUUUUGUAUCCUGCCA